UUUUUUUGUAGCAACGCCACACCCUCCCUGCAACCUCUCUCUCUCUCUCUCUCAUAACCCGCCGGAAAAUGUACAAGAACCAGCUACAGGAGCUGGCGCAGCGGAGCUGCUUCACCUUGCCCUCUUACAUCUGCAUAAGGGAAGGCCCCGACCACGCCCCUCGCUUCAAGGCCAUCGUUAACUUCAACGGCGAGUCCUUCGAGAGCCCCCACUACUGCUCCACCCUCCGCCUGGCCGAGCACGCCGCCGCCGAGGUGGCUCUCGGCUCCCUCUCCCACCGCGGCCCCUCCCACUCCCUCGCCGCUCGAAUUCUCGAUGAAACGGGAGUGUAUAAAAACCUCUUACAAGCAAUUUCGCAAAGAGUUGGAGCCCCUUUGCCUCAAUAUGCAACAUUCAGAUCGGGCCUUGGACACCAUCCGGUCUUCACGGGAACAGUGGAGCUAGCCGGGAUCACAUUCACUGGGGAACCAGCCAAAAACAAGAAACAAGCUGAGAAGAACGCUGCAUUGGCGGCUUGGUCAUCGUUGAAACAAUUGGCGAAGCAAGAUGCGAGUUCGUCGUCUGAGCCCGAGAACACUGAUGAGCAGGAGCAGAUCAGGAUCGCGAGGGCCUUACUGAACUACCGCUCGAGGGAAAAGAUAGAAAUGGCUAAUUCUAGCAUUAGUUCAAUACCUUUCCAGAAGAAGUUCCCUAUUCCUAGCUCGCAGUCAUCGAGCCCUCGGUGUCACCCUGCAGCCACAUCCAAAAUCCUUCCUUUAAUUUGCCCGAAAACCAUUCCUCGACACAGGUCAUUGUCAACAGCCACGGGCGAUAGCCACGCCUAUUCUGCAGCUGGGGCAGCCCCAUAUGCUCCUGCUCGACAAUAUAGAACGACGCCUUACCGUGGUGGCAUUGCUCCUCCCAUUACAGUAAGAACAGCAGUUCCCGUCUUCUCAGCACCUCCAGUUUCUGCACGCCCCUCUCAAAUGGUGCGUGCCCAACCUGUUCGGGUCGCUCCGCCUGUCUGCAUCAGGCAGGCUGUUCCUGUAUUUGCUGCUCCGACAAAACCCGCAAAGGAAGCUGUCUCAAAUACCGAGGAAAGUACGAACAAGUCCGAAUGCAUCGAGGUCGAUGAAUCAACGGCCUUGAGGUGCUUGGAACAGCUCCAAAUAUGAACUUCUGCUGAAAUCUUGAAAUGCCCACUUUUUAACAAUUUUGCUUUUUAGUCUUGCUUCAUUUUUAUCUCAGUGCUCUCCCCCUGCUGUUAAUGGCUGUAUCCUGGUGUAAACUUGUAGUUAAAGCAGGUCACUUUAGCUUCAGAUGCUACUAAAUUUUUGCUGUUAUGAGGGUAGCCUUGACCUGUUUCAAGGAUAUGACAAUUAAACCUAGUUUCAUAUUGUUCAUGUUCUCAA